GCCACUUCGAAACGCUUGGCAGCAGUUCCAUGUCCAGGACUUUGACAUUCGAGAGGGCCGCGAUGCCAGGCGAUGGUCAUUCGGUGCAUGGGGGCAGCCUCAUGUCGGAUGAUACCAUGUCACGCCGCGAGCUGGGACCGGUGCAGUUUGCCGUCGCGACGCUAUUGCAGCCGACGGAGCGUCACUUUCGGGACCUGGAUGAUGUGGCCGACUGCUACGAGCUCAUGGAAUCGAUCCAGCCCGACGACGCAUUCCAUGUGCUGCAUGCUGCGCUCGAGUACAUCAAGCUGUCGAGGUCGCUCCUCCGUGUGUGCGACGACUUCUACAACCACCACUUUGACGCACCCACGGUCGACGAAGCGAUGGGCGAGAUGCGCCAAAUCGUCCACGACUCGCGGCUGGAUGCCAUGGCACAGAAGCCGAGCUCGUCGAGAAGUGCCAGUCCCGCCAAGGGCGGCCAGAGCCACAGCCCAGCCCGCCAAGUCAAUGACGACGGCCAUGGCUGGUGGCCAGCCGCCAUGCGAGCCGACGACGAGUCGCCAAACAAACAGUGCCAGCAGCACCUCCCGCCGGUGCGGCACUGGCUGCACCGUCUUCAGGAUGUCUUUUCAAUGGGACUGCCAAAAGUCUCGUUCGCAAACGAAGGGGACGAUCCCGAGGAGGUGCUGGAUGACGCCGCGCCGUUGAUCUCGAACGACGCGCUGGCCCAUUCCACUGCCGCUUCGUCGUCGCCAGCCAAGGCCUCCGAUCACGUUCGUAUCGCGACGGCUGUGGCGACAAUGGCCGCGACAACCGAAGCGGACGUGCCCGCCGUCGUCGUCCACACGAUCCAGUCCAUGCUGGAUUUCCCGUCCAACUUGAAACUUCAGUUCCGCGGUCUCCAUACCGUCGCCGAGUUCGCCAAUGUGCCAGACAACCACCGGGCGGCUCUUGUUGUCCUCACGCAAUUGAAUGGGCUCGACGUCAUCAUGCGAGCCGCGGAGUCGCUUGCAACGAGCCAGAAGGCACAGAUCGUUACGUUGUCGCUCUUGGGCAACCCAGAUGUGGUGGAAGCGGUCGCCGACUCGAUGCCUGCCGAGUGCCGUCGACUCAUUCGCUCCGCGAUGGUGCGGUUUCCCACCAGCGCCCGCGUUCAAGGGCUUGGAUGCCUCGCCCUAGCCAAUUUGGCGGCGCACGCAGUGCAUCGUGAUGGCGACUCGGUACUCGACCACGCGACGACCCUACGAGGCUGGGACGGCGACAGCAGCGGCGUCGAUGCGAUUGUGGCUGCCAUGAAGCAGUUCCAAGACACCGACGCGAAUGUGCAAGCGGCCGGCGCGUGGGCGCUCGCGUCUGUGUGUAGCCUCCAUGAGGAUUUGGUCUAUGCGGCGUUGGAUGUUGGCGCGUUGAACGCCGUCGAACGAUGCAAAGUUACAUUUCCAGACGACCCUCGAGUCCAAGCGAAUGCAGAGCUAGCGGUCGCGCAGCUGCUCCAUCGCCCCGUUCCGCUGCCUCAAAACGAUGGAUGUGUGGUGCAGUAGAUGCCGUCGACGUUUCCGCCUCGUCCAGCCAUCCACCUAAGGGGCAAUUGAAUGCACAUC